GGAGAAGGCAGUGGCAGCUCCUCCUCCUCCGCGGCCUGUCGCUCCGCCCCGGGGCCCAGCGGCAUGGCGGAGGCCGCGGCGCUGCGGGCCGUCAGGGGCUGCCUGGCCGCCUUCCCGCGGGAGGCCCGCGAGCUGGGGUGGACAGAGUCCAUACCCUAUCUUGAUGGGCCUCCGUCCCCGCUGGAGUUUUAUCGGGAAUGGGUGAGUCCAAAUAAGCCUUGUAUAAUUCAGAAUGCCGUCAGCCACUGGCCGGCCCUGCAGAAAUGGACCUCAGCAUACCUCAGGGAGGUAGUAGGUCCCAAGGUAGUGAGUGUGGCAGUAACACCAAAUGGUUAUGCAGAUGCCGUGUUUCAGGACCGCUUUGUCAUGCCAGAGGAGCGCCAAAUGCCUUUUGCAGACUUUUUGGACAUUGUGGAGAAGAAAGUGACCUCUCCCAACGUAUUCUAUGUGCAGAAGCAGUGUUCAAACCUCACCGAGGAGUUCCCUGAACUGGUCUGUGAUGUGCAGCCUGACAUACCAUGGAUGAGUGAGGCACUUGGGAAGAAGCCUGAUGCUGUGAAUUUCUGGCUUGGGGAAUCGGCUGCUGUGACCUCUUUACAUAAAGAUCAUUAUGAGAACUUGUACUGUGUGAUAUCUGGAGAGAAAUAUUUUCUACUGCAUCCACCGAGUGACCGUCCCUUCAUCCCAUAUGAGCUCUAUCAGCCAGCAACCUACCACGUAUCAGAAGAUGGCUCAUUUGAAAUUGUAGAUGAGAAGAGUGCAGAUAAGGUGCCUUGGAUCCCCCUGGACCCCUUGAACCCAAAUCUGAAACAGUAUCCAGAAUAUGCUCAGGCAAAACCUUUGCAGUGUACAGUGAGAGCUGGUGAGAUGUUGUACCUGCCUUCUCUCUGGUUCCAUCAUGUUCGGCAAUCACAUGGCUGUAUAGCAGUGAAUUACUGGUAUGACAUGGAAUAUGACCUAAAGUACAGCUACUAUCAGCUACUAGACUGUCUCACAAGAACUGUGAAAGGGCUAUAGCAGAGGUGGGAAACUUGCGCUUGUGAUCUCUGCUGUGAUACAAUCAUCAGCAUCUGUGACUGGAGUACAAAUGUGAUUAAAGGGAAAAGAACUGAACAUUAAAUUGCCUUCUACAAUGUCUGUCAAACAGAUGGCUAUUUUGCUUGAUUUCAGAGACCAGAUCAAGUGGCCAGAUUUUUUUGGCUUUAAGGUUUGAUAAUAGCAUUUUGAGGUCUUUGCAUGUUGCCUCAGUGGUGGUAAGAGAAAUAAAAUUUGAAGGGAGGCAAGCCAGGGUUUGGGAAUCCCAACACUGAAGCCAUGACUGUUCAGCUCUACGGAUUAUUUUCAUAACAAUACAAGUGGACAAAGAAGAAUCAGCUCUAUCACCAUCAGGCUGCAUCAGUCCAACCCGUGCAUUCUACUUAAGACGGAAGUCCUGUCCAGUUGUAGUUCACUAAGUGGUGGCUGUGAUGUUUUGAUGGUGAGAAAUUACAACUCCUAGAAUAAAAGGUCAUCUUAAAAUCUUA